AUUAACUUGUCUUAAACCCUAAACUCCUAAAACUCAUCACAAAAUCAUGAAACUCAUCAACUUAGCCCUUAGUGGCUUCUUGUUCAUCAUUUUCUUCUUCUCAAAACCCUCAUUUCAAGCUUCAAUCAAAUAUGAACCAAACCCUAGACUUUUCGAUGCUUACAUAGCUCUACAAGCUUGGAAACAUGUCAUGACUUCCGAUCCAAGAAACUUCACAAAAGAUUGGUAUGAUUACAAUGUUUGUAACUACACCGGGGUUUAUUGUGCUCCAGCUCCAGAUAACCCUAAUAUCACCACUGUUGCUGGUAUUGACCUCAACCAUGCAAAUAUCUCCGGAUACUUACCUGAAAAACUUGGUUUAUUGACUGAUUUAGCCGUCUUUCAUAUAAAUUCCAAUAGAUUUGAAGGCUCAAUCCCGAAAUCUUUUUCUAAGCUUCGAAUUUUAUUCGAACUUGACGUGAGUAACAAUCUUUUUUGUGGUGAGUUUCCUUCCGUUGUGUUAUCUCUUCCUUCUUUAAAAUUUCUUGAUAUUAGGUAUAACCAAUUCGAAGGAAAAGUCCCUUCAACCCUUUGGGAUCGAACACUCGAUGCUCUUUUCAUAAACAACAACAAAUUUCAAUUUUCAUGGCCUAAAAACUUAGGUAAAUCACCCGUUUCUGCUUUGGUUAUGGCAAAUAUUAAUGUAACGGGGUGUAUACCAUCAAGUAUAGCAAAAAUGUCGAAAACAUUAAAUGAGAUUAUUCUCUCGAAUUCGAGUUUAAGUGGAUGUUUACCACAAGAAUUAGGGUUAUUGAAAAAUGUUAGGGUUCUUGACGUGAGUUUUAACAAGCUUGUUGGUGAGUUGCCGGAAUCAAUUGGUGGAAUGAAGAAAUUGGAACAUCUUAACGUGGCACAUAACAAGUUUUCCGGUGAGAUUCCGAUGAGUAUUUGCUCAUUACCAAAGUUGGAGAAUUUCACUUACUCUUAUAAUUAUUUUUGUGGUGAACCAAAGAUUUGUCUCAAGUUGAAGGAUAGAAAUGAUAAGAAGAAUUGUAUACCAUAUCGACCAUCGCAACGUUCAGAAAGUGAAUGUAAGACAUUUUAUUCACGAGGUCCGGUGGAUUGUAGUUCAUUUGGUUGUAGAUCACCACCACCGCCACCACCGCCACCGCCACCACCA